GAUUUGGUCUGGUUUUAUUUUACGGAAAAGUGAGACAAUCUUCUCCGAUAGGUCUAAGGCUACAGAGGAGGGGCGGUAGUAUCUCUCUCCUAUGCUAUGACACACCUCCCGCAGCGAAUGUCCGAGAGGCUUUGCUCUCACAACAACUUGGAGGCGGCACUAAUUGAUAAAGGUUCCGGCAACUCAAGAGGCAGUUCGGAGUACCCAGUAGAGAGGCGGACGAGGCUAGGAUAUUUCGGGGCGCUGUGUGGAGUGUGGAGAUAAGUCAUGAGAGUGUUGCAUGUGAAGGAGAGUUGUGAGCAUCAUAUCAUAUCUUUCCAAAUCUGAUCCUGUCAAGGAACGCGCUGAUUGUUUAGGAGAUGACAUAGAACCCCGCCCUUCGAUAGCAUCCAGGAAGGAUAAGGAGGGCUGCACAAUUCCCCUUGCCCUCCUGGUCAUUCCGAAGCACGAGAGCGGGAACUAUAUAAGGUUCUUACGAGGGGCAUGGGGCGGCAAGAAGUCCUAUGGAUCGCCCUCCUGAGGAGGGGAGGGAGGAAUGAUGACUCGGAAGCGGAUGCAAAGCUAUUCUCGGCGGCCUGGUCAGCCAGACCAAGAGUUAGUCAAGAAUUAUAAUAAUAAUAAGAUAGAUAAGAUAGAUGUACGGAUAAUGUACAGCGUAUAACUAUUCCCUUUCCAACCCGCUGAGCAUCGCAUCGGGUUGACGAUGUUUGUUUGAUCCGGCAGCGCGGAGGCUCGGAGGCUCAAGUCCCCGGGAUUACUAAGCCCCAGGAAUUGCCCCUCCCCACCGCCACAAGCCGCCAACAAGGGAAAGUGCGAAAUCCUAUCUCAACCUCAGCAGAAUGUCUCCUAUAUACCUAACCUAUACGGAGUAUACUACUCUUAUACUCCAUACUAUAUACUUCUUAUACUCCUCCUACUACUACUACUACAGCAGAACCCGUAUAACUAGUCUUGCCAGAGUCAGUCAGGCGGAUUGCUGAAACUCCGCGGCUGCGUUCCAAGGGCCCUUUUUGACGAGACUGAUGACGGCCUGUCGUCGUUGUGCAACGUCCCAAUUGCAUAGCAAACCCUGGAACGCCUUGAGUAGGUAUUCGUUUAGCUAUGUACGGAGUACUCCGUAUGAUCGAAUCAAAACGUGACUAAAGGAGGGCGCUAAGACGUAAUUUCGGGCCUGAACCACGUUCUCGCUUCCAGACUUCAAGCCACAGCUCGACACGCGGAAUACGAGAUGUUAAUUGAGUCGCCAGUGAAGGAAUCACCAAUUAUAUUGUCCAGAAAUCUUUGAUGCGACCCAAGGACAAACCCAGAGAACAACUAUGUCAAUCUCAACUACUCCGUACUAGGUUCGGCCGGGGCACAUAAGCCUUCUGCCGUCUCCGUUUCUGAUCACGACUGCAAAGAUGAGCACGGUAAUUUUGCACACACUGGAACGCCCAAGGACCGAUUCCCCGACAUCUCAUGUAACUACAACUUCCGUGUGGGCAAUAAUAAUAAUAAUAAUGGAACGGGACGUUUCGGGCCAUAAACUUCAGAGACAGCCAUGAGUUUUCCAGCGUUUGGGCUGGAAAUGCUAACUAACCACUUUAGGGUAAAUGAAAUGACGGUGAAAGGCGCAGCGGGCGGCAUUGGGCAUAUUAUUGGCUAUUCGCGGCUGUGGCUGCUGGAAAGAGCUCAAAAAAGUCCGGAAUCUGUCAGGUUCAAACCAAACAGAUGGAGAUUCUGCAACAACGUCAAAAAUACAAUUAUACUGCGUAUGCUGCCUGCCUGACCCUGAAAACCAAGGAUUAACUAUGCCCACACUGCUUUCAACGGGAAAAAAAUCUACCCGUACGCCGAAUUGUUCUCAUCUUAGCCAAUCUUUGGCCUCCCGAGUUCGUGGACUUGUCCUGAACUAGCUGGACGGGGACCAGCUUGAAAAGGUUUUUUUCUGUUCUCUUCUCCUUUGUUUGUUCAUGAUCAUUUCGUGCUCGAUAUUUUAUGCAAGAAUUUUGCGAGAGAUAUUUAAUCUGAUCCCACGCCCAUCUGCGUCUCUCCCGCUUUCUCGUAUUCUUUUUUUUUUGCUGUCCCUUCCGAACGAUGUUUGUCGUAGAAGAACCUCGAUCCCCACGCUAUUCUUCUCAGCCCUUUACAUUAACAUCCUACUUAGCGUGAAGAAAGCCGCGGUCAGCGGGAACUACUGCAUCCCCAUUCGAAUAUCUAAACUAUGAAAUCUUUGAACUCCCUUUUCUCCCGCAGCUCUGAUGCUAAAGCGACGGGGGAAGUAGGUCCAGUUUCUUCUGCUUCCACAGCAGUACCAAGCCAUCCCGAUUCUGUUAUCGAGCCGGAGAAAGACAAUGCUUCCACACACGAUGAAGCUCCCACGCCACAGGCAACAGCAGGUGCAGACGAGAAGACGCUCUCCGGAAUACCAGAGGGAGCAGAUGGAUUAGAAGUGUCAACCGACAACGCAAAAGAUGGCAACGCAAAAGAUGACAACAGCAAUGAGACAAAUUAUCUCUCGGGGUUUCCUCUCAUAAUUGUUGUCGUCGGCUUGUGUCUUGCUGUUCUCCUUGUUGCACUGGACAACACGAUUAUCGCCACCGCCAUUCCCAAGAUCACGGACCAUUUUAAAGCUCUAGAUGAUGUUGGUUGGUACGGGAGCUCGUACUUACUAACAACCUGCGCCUUUCAAUUGAUGUUCGGGAAGUUCUACUCCUUCUACCCAGUCAAAUGGGUGUUUUUGACUGCAAUUCUGAUAUUCGAGAUCGGUUCGGUCGUCUGUGGUGCUGCACCUAACUCGGAAGCCUUGAUCGUCGGCCGCGCCAUUGCUGGAAUUGGCUCAGCGGGCAUUUUCAGUGGUGCUAUGAUUAUCAUCACUUACUCUGUCGCAUUGGAAAAACGUCCCAUGUACAAUGGCGUAUUGAGCAGUAUGUACGGUAUUGCCUCUGUAGCCGGACCAUUGAUGGGUGGUGCUUUUACGGAUAAGGUCUCCUGGCGAUGGUGUUUCUACAUCAACCUUCCCAUCGGCGCCGUCACGAUUGCCGCCAUCUUCAUUUUCCUUGCCCAUCCGAAGCAGACGUUGAAGAAGCCAGAUUCUUGGAAGGGCCAAUUAGCACAGCUGGACCCCUGGGGAACAGCAACCUUCAUGCCCGGUAUUGUCUCCCUUCUUCUGGCGCUUCAGUGGGGAGGCACUAGGUACCCAUGGAGCAACGCCCGCAUCAUCGCCCUCUUCGUUCUCUUCGGUGUCCUCAUCAUUGCGUUCGUCAUCAUCCAGAUUUGGAAGGGAGAAAACGCAACCGUUCCCCCUCGCAUCGUGAAAAAACGUAGCAUGGGAUUUGCCAGCUUCUUCGCUUUCACCCUCGGUUCCUCCUUCUUUAUCCUCGUCUUCUAUCUCCCUCUAUGGUUCCAGGCGAUCAAGGGCUCCUCCGCAACCAAGUCCGGCGUUAUGACUAUCCCCAUGGUCCUUAGCCUCGUGAUCGGCUCGAUUAUUGGCGGCGUCUCAAUCUCGUUGAUGGGAUACUUCACCCCAUUCUUCUACAUAUCUACCGUCCUCGCUACCGUCGGCGCUGCAUUGCUCACAACCUUUACUACCGAAACCGGCUCCCCGAAAUGGAUCGGCUAUCAAGUCAUCUACGGCCUUGGCAUUGGAAUAGGAUUCCAACUCCCCAUCCUCAUCCCCCAAGUGGUCCUGGACAUCCAAGACGUUGCAAUCGGCAUCGUCGUGGCCAUGUUUUCCCAACUCCUCGGCGGCGCCCUCUUCGUUUCCGUCGCCCAGAACAUAUUCACCAACAAGCUUUUCACAGGUAUUGUCUCCGCUGCGCCGGAGGUCGAUCCGACCAUCGUAUUACGCGAAGGUGCAACGUCGUUGCAGAGAGUGAUUCCGGAGCGAUUCCUUGAUGCCGUGCAGGAGGUGUAUAACUCUGCCUUGACGGAGACAUGGUAUGCCGCGGUUGCGAUGUCGGCGCUAGGGAUUAUUGGAGCGCUUGGUGUUGAGUGGAAGAGUGUGAAGGGGAAAAAGCUUGAUGCUUCAGUUGCUUAGAGAAAUGUCGGAUACCGGGCUUUUCUUGUCAUGUUUUUCUUUUUCUUUUCUCUUCUGUCAUUUUCUAUUCUCUCUUUUUUUUUACGAUAUAUUAAUAUUAGGUGUUUUGACUCGGUUUUCUUUGGCGUAUUACCUUGUCCAGUUUUUUCUUGCCUUUUACUUCUCCCUAUAUACCAUUGUAUCAUUGCAUAUCCUCUUCCCCCCUUUUUUUUUCUUUCUUUAUUUCUUUUUCGUCGCUGAUACCACAUUCCGCUCAACCCAACUUCUGCUCUUUCCCACUAGUACCACACAAGAACGCAGGCCCCUGUACUAUUUUCACGACUAUCCCUUAAGGUGUUUUGUUCGAUCAUUCACAUCGACAUGCGGUGGUUUUCCAUCAGAAGAGAGAGGAAAAAAAAAAAAAAACAAAAAAAAAAAAAAAACAAACCUCCAAUCAUGGCCAUUGAGUUGUUUCCGUUUAAUGGUAGGUUACACCUUGUUGAGCUAGAUAGAUAUAGAGCUAUAUAAAAGAAAUCGAAAUGAUUUAAAUAACGAAGAUUAUGCAGUGGGUAGGAUAGAAUUUUAUCAAAUAAUUGAGCAAUUCAUACGUAGUGAGUUCGCCUUUGUUUCUGUAUUACUAUUUUCACAAGCAAAAGAAGACGAAGACGCAGGAAACUAUAAAUUUAUUGUCAUGUUCAUUUCAUCAUCACAUUACGCAUGCAUUCAUGCGGGAUCCACGGGUGAGUCGAAUACGAAAAACCACAAUAAGAAAUAAAAACAGGAAAUAAAGAAAGGAAAUAUCCAUCUCAAACCGAAAGCCGAACAGUCUGCUCUGACCCACCACCAUCAGAGACGGCGGGAUCAUUAGCCUUCCUUUCGACCACGAAAUUGCUGCUGCCAUUUAGUAGAUCGCCAUCAUCGAUCGUAAUAGGUAAACUACCAAUACCCACCCCAUCCUCCUCGCCCAUCGCAUAGCCCAUCUCAAAUAUGCUAUAGUUCCCUGCGAACUCCUUCAGCAUGGUGUCGAUGGAUUGUUCGUCCAUAUCCUCGCUGAGUAGUGUAUUGCCCAGCUCGUGUGGUGGUGGUUCGGAUUCGGUGGCAGUGGCCGCUCCCGCGCCCGCGCCCAUUUCGGGUUCAGCUGGGUUUUGUAACGGGCGCUGUGCAAUAUGGUCAAUGGAGAAACCGCAGACGCCCGUGUUGGUGGUGUCAUGGGCGUAGGCGUUUGGGUUGCUGUGACUGGACACAGGCGUGCAUAAAUCAUCCCCAUCCCCAUUGCCAUUGCCAUUGCCAUUGCCAUUGCCAUUUCGGUUCUCGAUCUUACUCUUCACCCCCAUCUCAUUCCCGUGUUCACCCGGUCGCCCAUCUUUAUCCUCGCCCACAUCUCUACCCCUGGUGCCCGCCUCACCCCCGUUCUCAGACGCAGACGAAGAAACGCUGCUGCUCCCCUCCCGCACACGCGGGUGGCUAACGAUAGAAUCCAAAAUCUUCAAACUGGGUGGACACGCCUUGGGCGACGACAUGGGGCCGUAGCAAUCCAUCCCUGCGCUGGCAAGGUCAUAGCAAUCUGACGGUGUGGUUACCGCGCCUCCCGCCUGGCCCUGCGUCGUCAAGGUCGUCAUCGCUGUUGUCGCGAUGGGUUAUGCGAGUAUUGCUGCUGUUGCUGCUGUUGGUAGUGUUGAACACCCAUGUCCCGCAUGAUCUUUUCGAUGGAGUAAGUGAUGGAGUCGGCGACCGGGUAGAUUUCGCGGAGGCGGAGAAUGGUCUGCAGACAUUGGUGUAGGCUGUUUAGGCUGGUUAAGUUUAUCGCGGAGCCGGAGGAGCUGAGGUCGAUGACAUGCGCUGCGAUGGCGGAGAGGAGCGGGGUGGCGCCGUUUGAGGGAAGGUAGCGGGUAAGGUUUAAGUGGUGCAGGUCCUGUGCGAUGGCGGUUAUUUCGGCGGCGGUGCAUCUGACUUUUUCGAGGGAUUCUUGGUGUAAUUCGCUGGGUUGUAAUUUGUUUGGGAGGGCUCGUAUUAUUUGGGGGAGAUGUAGGGUACUGCGUGUAGCGAGGUAGAGUAAUUUGAGCAUACUGCGAUGAAGGUGAAGGACUUCCUCCGCUUCGGAUAAUUCGCAGGCGAAUUGUGGGGAAUAUCGUGUUUCCUUGGGGGUGUUCGCGAACCACUUGUCUAGACCCUCGUCAUGAUACCUGAUUUGCGCGAUAUCCGUUGCCUCUGUUUUUGGGAUAAGAGCCAUCCGUGAACCUCUCAUCAUCUCGACGUCGUGGACCGGAGUACGAUACUGCAACGCAAGUGCCUGAUGUAAAUGGCGGCACAGUUUUACCUUCUCAAUAAACAGGAGUGCCAAAACCUGUUGAUAUGACUGGUUGCUUAGGGUUUCGCUGCCUCCGAUCAUCUGCCGCAGGUGGUUUGGCAAUGGUUGGAGUUCAAAAUCAUCGAGGCUGACCAUGUCCAGGUCAUAGUCAUCCUCUCUGAGUCUUGCAGGGCGCCUCAUACCAAGCGGAAUAGUCUUAUCUCGGCUAUAUAAAAUCCACCAGGUACGCCUCCACAUUCGUCUAGUA